UUCCUCAUUUUAGUUUUCCUCCUUUCAUUGCUCUCCACUCUAUCAUCUCUCCCCAAAACUUCAAGCACAGAGGAGAGAGAAAGAGGGAGCGCCAAAAAAUGGAGUCUGCAAUUACAAUUUGUAAUCACAAUUCUCUUGCAUUUUCUCUCUCCAGAAACCCUAACUCUUCGACGAAGAAUUCUGCUAAGAUUGCUUCGUUAGCUUCGAAAUUGCCGAAUCAAUUGCUUAAUUGCUCCGCCUUAUCUUCGGCUUCUUUGACGAAGAAGUCGCAGGUUUCUCAUGUUCAGCAACGUUCUUUUGGAGCAUCUGUUCAAUGUUCUGCUGCUGGAACUACUGCUGCUACUCCUUCUGAGAAAAAGGGCCAGCUGAUGAGGAGAAAUGACAUAAGGAACAUAGCUAUUGUUGCUCAUGUAGAUCACGGGAAAACAACUCUCGUUGAUGCUAUGCUGAAGCAAGCAAAGGUGUUCCGUGACAACCAGCAAGUACAAGAGAGGAUUAUGGACUCUAAUGAUCUCGAACGCGAAAGAGGAAUCACCAUUCUUAGCAAGAACACAUCAAUUGCGUAUAAAGAUACAAAAAUUAACAUCAUAGAUACUCCAGGGCAUUCUGACUUCGGAGGUGAAGUGGAACGCAUACUGAAUAUGGUUGAAGGUGUUCUUUUAGUGGUGGAUUCAGUUGAGGGUCCUAUGCCACAAACGAGAUUUGUCCUAAAGAAGGCAUUAGAAUUCGGACAUGCUGUUGUGGUUGUGGUUAAUAAAAUAGAUAGACCAUCUGCUCGUCCUGAUUUCGUCAUCAAUUCUACUUUUGAGCUCUUCAUUGAAUUAAAUGCAACAGAUGAACAGUGUGAUUUUCAAGUAGUAUAUGCAAGUGGUAUCAAAGGAAAGGCCGGACUCUCUCCUGACAAAUUAGCCGAUGAUCUUGGACCCCUUUUUGAGUCUGUAAUCAGAUGCAUUCCUGGGCCACGUAUUGAAAAAGAUGGUGCCUUACAAAUGCUUGUUACAAACAUAGAGUAUGAUGAACAUAAAGGGAGGAUAGCGAUUGGGCGCUUGCAUGCUGGUGCUCUUGAAAAGGGGAAGGAUGUCAAGGUAUGCACAUCAGAUGAUGCAUGCAGAUAUGCGAGGGUUAGUGAGCUUUUUGUAUAUGAGCAGUUCCAUAGAGCUCCUGUGGCGUCUGUAGAAGCAGGAGACAUAUGUGCUGUUUGUGGAAUUGGAGACAUUCAGAUUGGAGAGACAAUUGCUGAUAAAGUUUUUGGGAAACCAUUACCUGCAAUAAAGGUUGAGGAGCCUACUGUCAAGAUGGCGUUCUCAAUUAAUACGUCUCCAUUUGUUGGCCGUGAGGGAAAAUAUGUAACUAGUAGAAACCUCAGGGAUCGGCUAUAUCGCGAGCUUGAGAGAAACUUGGCAAUGAAAGUUGAAGACGGGGAAACUUCUGAUACUUUCAUUGUUAGUGGACGAGGAACGUUGCACAUCACAAUAUUGAUAGAAAAUAUGAGAAGAGAAGGAUACGAGUUCAUGGUUGGUCCUCCCAAAGUCAUUAGCAAAAAGGUGGAUGACAAGCUAUAUGAACCUUUUGAGAUUGCAACAGUAGAGGUGCCAGAAGAGCAUAUGGGUGCCGUUGUUGAACUUCUGGGUAAAAGACGUGGACAGAUGUUUAAUAUGGAGAAUGUCGGGUCUGAAAACACAACAGUUGUCAGAUACAAAAUACCGACCCGUGGUCUUCUGGGAUUGCGAAAUGCAAUUUUAACUGCUUCUAGAGGUACUGCAAUCCUGAACACAAUAUUUGAUGGUUAUGAACCUUGGGCUGGUGAGAUCAGUACUCGUGAUCAGGGUUCACUGGUUGCAUUUGAGGAUGGUACUUCAACAUCUUAUGCCCUUGCUAGUUCACAAGAGAGAGGCAAGAUGUUCAUUGCACCCGGAGCAGACGUUUACAAAGGUCAGAUAGUUGGCAUUCAUCAGAGACCUGGUGACCUAUCACUGAAUGUGUGCAAGAAGAAGGCUGCAACAAACGUUCGCUCAAACAAAGAACAGACAGUGGUUCUAGAUACACCACAAGAUUACAGUCUUGACGACUGUAUUGAGUACAUUCAGGAGGAUGAACUUGUGGAGGUAACCCCGGCAAGUAUCCGAAUGUGUAAGAACCUGAAGAUGGCAAAGAAAGGUAGGUGAAAGGAAGUGUCAUCCGCACCUCAAAGCUGAGGACAUACACCACACCACAUCAAUGUCACAGAUGAAGAUGAGGUUUUGGUUCAAAAAUCUGAUUUUCGAGUUUGAGGUCAACAUUGUAUUUAUAAUUUAUAUGAUGCAAAUAUAUUGUUAAAAUCCGAGGGGGAAUCAGAAACUUAUCAUAUAAGAAGUUAACAAUACGGAUAUACAUAUUGUUUCUUGCCAAUUGACAGGCAAAAUGAAAUUAGCAGCAUCAUAGGUGCGGCCUAUAGAACAAGAACAACCGUGCUCGUGAUUUUUUGGGUGUAGUUUUAUAUGAUUACAAAUUUUUCAUAUUUGUAUUAUUGCGGUUGCAAACAGUGAAUUUUUUGUUGUAAUUAAAUCUUCUAUUAGUCAAUUUCUAUUGGUUUGAUGCACGUCA